UUACAUAGAGAAACGCCGGUUUAUUUGCAUCGUGUAAUUGUCUGAAUAAUUGGGUCAAAACAUUAACGUUCGCCAGUACAUUGAAUUCUGUUGUCAGACGUCGCCGGAUCGGAGUCGGUGAUAGCGAAGUCUCCACUUGUCUCUCGCUCUCUCCCUGAACAGUCGGCCGGCGGGUUGUCCAAUACACUGGAGCCGAAGAAACAAGUGCAAAUAUAAUUAGUCUUUUUUUUGUUUUUCGUGAGCUGAAUUCCUCAAAAUGGCUUUAACACUUGUUAGAAUUCCGCCUUCAUUGUUAACCCUAAACCGAGGUUGCAUCAGAACGCUGAGUGUAUCUGCGGCUCAGAAUGCUCCUGCGGUCAAAAGCAAGAAGAGCUUGGCCAAGCAGGGGCUCAAGAACAUCGUGCUGGUGGAUGGUGUACGCACACCCUUCCUCAUGUCAGGGACAGCAUAUCAGAAGCUCAUGCCGCAUGAUCUGGUCAGACAUGCUCUCAAAGGCCUAGCUGACCGGUUACAGCUUGACAAGAGUGCCGUGGACUACAUCUGCGUGGGCACCGUCAUCGCUGAAGUGAAGACCUCGAAUGUUGCUCGAGAGGGCGCGCUAGGCGCAGGGUAUGGCCUCAGCACUCCUGCCCACACUGUCGCCAUGGCCUGUAUCUCCUCGAAUGUUGCUUUAACCACCUGCAUCGGCUACAUGCAGGCUGGUGUGUACGACGCGUGCGUGGCUGGCGGGGUGGAGACGAUGUCUGACGUGCCCAUCCGACACAGCCGACAGAUGCGGGCGCUGAUGCUCAAGCUCAGCCGUGCCAAGAACAUGGCUGUGUUAUUGAGGCACCUACGUAGACUUAUUUCGAAUGCGUUGAAAUUUGUGCAGGUGUCGCGAGCGGAGCAGGACGAGUUUGCUAUGCGCACUCACAGCCUCGCCAAAGCUGCAGAGGUGGCAGGCAACCUCAGCGACGUCGUCCCGUACAAGGUGCCGGGUGUGGCCAAGACAGUGACCACCGAUAACGGCAUUCGCGUGUCCACCCCUGAGCAGAUGGCCAAACUCAAGCCCGCGUUCAUCAAACCGCACGGCAGCGUCACCGCCGCAAACUCCAGCUACCUCACGGAUGGAGCGUCGGCUUGCCUCAUCUGCACUGAAGAGAAGGCCAAGCAGAUGGGCUGGAAGCCCAAGGCUUACCUCCGGGACUUCACGUACGUCUCUCAAGAUCCCAAGGACCAGCUUCUGCUCGGCCCGACCUACGCAACCCCUAAGGUGUUGGAUCAAGCUGGCUUGAAGAUGUCUGACAUUGACGUGUUCGAGUUCCACGAGGCCUUCGCUGGACAAAUCCUUGCAAACUUCAAGGCCAUGGAUAGCGAUUAUUUCUGCACCAACUACCUGAAGAGGAAGGAAAAGCCCGGCGCUCCACCCUUGGAGAAAUUCAAUAACUGGGGAGGGUCUGUUUCCAUCGGACAUCCUUUCGGUGCCACUGGCGUGCGUUUGCUGAUGCACUCGGCCAACCGCCUGAUCAAGGAAGACGGACAGUACGCAUUGAUCGCUGCCUGCGCUGCUGGAGGCCAGGGCGUGGGCAUGAUAGUGGAGCGAUACCCCGGCGCUACCGUUUAACUUCACAAUUACACACCCAACAGCCAAAUUCUCCUUCCUAUGUACAUUAUUUUAACUCUGUUGACCAACUCAUUUAUUGUUCACCGGACCUGAGCUCGUUACUUUGAUGUCUAAAUUUAUCUAGUGGCGGUGCACAUUAGACUCGCGCGUUUGUUUGUAUGUGCUAUCGCGCUUGAGGUGUCGAGCUCUGUUGGUCCAGAACGCGUGACAGACCAGCACGCAAUUCUGUGUGUCGGACUUUGAGGGUCUGAUCAGACUUCGUCUGGUUGCGUUAGCCUUCACUUGUCGACAAGCUCGUGUUUCGGAAACCCCUUCCUGUGGUGUGAAUGUUGAUUUUUCAACUCUAUCCUUCAUCUUUUGUUGAUUUUCAACACUAUAAUCCAUCUUUUUUAGAUCAACCAUUGUCUGCAAAGGAAAGAAUGACUCGAAACUUUUCUCUGUAAAAGUGUUCUCUUGAAUUUACGUUGCAAAUAUUUCUUGAAAAGCUUCGAUUGCGAUUGGUAUUUUUAUGACCGCUCUGGUUUUCUUGAACACAAUUUAUUUCUCUGAGUCUUCAUUCGAAUUUAUGUACUACACCAGCACCAGAGAUUUAAUUUCGUGUGAACGCAUUUUCUUAAUAGUGAGUUCAAAAACAGUAAAUCUAUGUUUUGUACUUAUAGCUUUAAUUAAGUUCAAAUAAUUUACUGCUUGAAUGAUAUAUAGGUUAUAUACAUGCCUCUCAAUGCAAAUGUAAAUUAACGGUGACAUGCUCGUAGGUAUAGAGCUAACACUGCACUCACAAGUCGAGUUUCGUGCCCUAAUUUCUUCCUAUUUUAAGAGGAGUUUGUCAAACGAGUCCAUAUAUAGUCCAUAAUCUUCAUUUUCAACUUGCUGUCGGGUUUUUCUUUAUGUAUUGUACAAUAAAUCGUGCUUUUCGCCUAAUAAAGAGUUAUAUUGGUA